CAGUGUUUCAUCGUUCGUUGGAAAGCUAGCUGCAAAGGAAUUCUCUUACUGAGAUGCGAUGUUCUCGCUUUUAUGGAUUCUGUAUCUGUCGUUGAUAAGUGUGUUUGUUGCACUCAUCACUUAUAUUAUUUUCUUCCGCAAGGGAUCUAUCCAUGAUAAAACUUCUGCACAGGAAAAAAUAAAGUUCAUCAAAAAGCAUGUUCCUCCUAAGGCCUCCAAAGGCUGGCAGCUGAAGUCUGUUGACAGUGGUUUGAGAAUCUGGCAAAAGGACUUGGGAGGAAGUACCCCUCCCUGGAUGUCAAGAAUAAUUUAUGCAUGUUCUGGAAUCAUUCCUGCAUCCAAGCAGGAGGUGAUGAAAGUCUUAAAGCAGCCUUUUCUUUUAUUGGAGUGGGAUCCUUCAGUAAAGACUGUGUCACAGGUUACAACCGGCAACAAUCAGGAUGUUGUGUCAGUUUCUUUUAACUGUAGCAGUUUUUUGGCAAGAGCUGUGCUUCAGUUGAGGGAAAUGUUUGGUGGAGAGACGAAAGCAAUUUAUUCAAGGCACUGGGAUACAGACUUGAAAACAAAGUCUGAAGCAUGGUUUGUUAGCUCAUUCGUUGAACAAGUCAUUCCAGCAGAAGGCUCCUUGUUGUCAUGCUUCUUAGUGUCAUCUAUGAACAAUGGAGAUGAUGAGCCAAGUGAAAGUCUAGUCUCCUUAAUUGUGGCACCUGUAUCAGAACGUUUUGCAUCAAUACCACAAUUGACAGUAUCUCGCGUAGCAGGACUACAGGAUUUCUUUACUCAUUACAAACCUGAUCAGUCUCAUGCUAAUUCUGUUGGAUCAGAACCCAGCAACAUAAGUUUGUCUGGGAGUGACAAUCAUGUCACACAACUAGAAUCCAUUAACCAAACAGGUGUUGGUGAUUUACUGGGUGGAGCAGUUGACCUGACUGAUGAUAACAAAAUGAUAAAAAGGGGAAAAGAAAGUGUUGGUAGUGAUUCACAUCUUCCAGAAUUCCUCAGAAGUGAGAGUUUGGAGGGAAUGCUCCAAAAAGUGAUGGACAUCUACCAGGCCACUGAAGGAACUGACAACUGGACUUCCCAAGGAAAUACAAAGGGUCUGGAUAUUCUAAAACGACCACCUAUGGCAGGAGAGCGACCUUGGGACUGCUAUAAAGCAACUUCAGUGAUAAAUGUGCCACUUGACUACAUUUUGGCCUACAUUUACGAACUGGAUUUUAGAGGGGAGUGGGACGACAUGUUCCUCAAAGGCGAAACUGUGGAAGAAAUUGAUCCUAUUACAAAGGUCAACCGACUGGAGUACAAACCACAAUGGCCAGCUAGCGGUCGGGACUUCUGUGUCAUAGCUAUUCUCCGAGAGAUUGAUGAAGGCGUAAUUGCCGUGGCUUCUGAGGCGGUCGAGCAUGAGAGGUGUCCCGAAAAGAAAGGAAUUGUUAGAGCGGAGAUAAUCACGGGCGGUUUUGUGGUUAAAGAACUGAGUAGUGAUCCUCCAAGUUACGUUGUAACGUAUAUGACUCGAGUUGAUUUAAAAGGAAAUCUACCCGCUCGACUUGUGAACAGAGUGCUAUCAUCUCAGCCUCAGGCUCUCGCGAUUUUACGAGAUAAACUCGAGGCUUGUUAUCAAGCUGAAGUGGAGGUUGACGGCUUGGACACAUCACAACUUCGAAGAGAAGGCGCUGAAUUAUGUACGGCGUUAAUGAAAGCCAAAUCGUCUCAGCAACCGCAGCCGGAUGUUGAAAGGGAGGAGAAAGUGUCUUUACAAGGCUGGAGCUUACUUGAGACGCAAGAUACCGACAGUGUGCAUUCUUCUGAAAUGACGGAUAGGUUCGACCCAAAUAAUAUAUCGCAAGACUCAGGGGAAAUGUUUCCAAUUACAGACGAACAAAUGAAGUUUUCACACGUGGACAGACAUCAAUUGGAUUAUCGAACGCUUAGCAAUCAAGCGGCUGCCAACCUUCUAGGGGAGGUACAACUGGCUUCUCAAGUAGAGAUAUCGGUGUCAGAAGAGAUGGGUGGGCAGGCCAGUCAGGGGAGAGAAGGGGAGUGGAGUUAUCGUAGCAUCGAAAAAGACGUCGUGAUAUUACAGAAGACAGGAGAUAAGAUUCACAGUUUUCUUGGCAAGGGAAUGAUCAAAGCGAAACCGCCAACAGUUUAUGAAGCGGUGCGGAAUCACAUGACGCGUCACGUGUACGAUAGAAUGCUGAAGAAAACCAAGUUGGUCAGGCAAAUCGACGAUCAAACUAAAAUCAUUUAUUGCCAUCAUGAAACAACUCAGUGCUUCGUGAAGCAGUCACGCGAUUCUGUAGCUUUGAUAGGAGAGCGAGUCGAGCCUGAACGUUACCUAAUAGCUGCGACAUCCGUGGACAUCCCCGAAUUACCUCAAAAGAAGGACAUCAUUAGAAUGAAGGUUCACGUUGCUGGUUGGGUAAUUGAGCCCAUGCUACAAAAUGGUCAGCUGUAUUCUAUGGUGUCGUAUCUUACUCAGCUUGAUUUUGGUGGUCCUUUUCCUGCUACUAUUUUAAAUCGUGUCGGUCGUCGCCAACCACUAUGUAUCGCAUAUCUUAGAGACCACUUGGAAAAAAAGGAACGCAAAGCAUCCACGGUGUAACCAUUUAAAAUGUGCUGAGACCCUCACGUCACCAAAUAUAUGCGUGACCCACAGCUUGGGGCGAAAUAUGGACAGAGGACAAAAUUUCGGUGGAUGGGGCUUAAUGUUUGUGUCAUUAAAUUUGGGUCAUGGAAUGUUCUUCCUGAUAGGAAGUGAUCUCCUUAGUUGUAUGAACACUUAAAUUUCACAGAAGAACAAAAAAUAAACAAACGAACAAACAAACCAGCAAAGAAAGCAGAAAUUUGCUAUUUUCGAGAUUCCUAAAGGUUCCGUUUUAAACCGAGGACAAGUGAAACGCCUCUGUUGUAGGAAUGUUUCACUAUUGUUUUGAAAAUAAUAUUGUCUUUUACAAGGAACAUUUUGUACUUGCAUUCUAGAAUCAUUGUCUUGUGGAUAUCACUUGACCCACAAUUGGCAUUCACAUAUAAAGCAUGAGACUUCUAUAGUAGUUCACUUUCAUCACAUUAUGUCAACUAAAUACGUGAACGACGGCAUCUGAGGCUCUUGGUGAUGAAGUUCCUCAGCAGCAUCGCGAACCAAAUAGAAAUUUACUUUCGCGAAAGUGAAUCGCGUGGAUGGAAAUUGCAUCGACCUUGAUUGAAUUGAAGUCUUGCUUUCCGCUACUGACAUAGGUUUUUGUUGUUUGUUUGUUUGUUUGUUUGUUUGUUCGAUCUGGGGUUCUCUGAUCAGGUGCAACCACAAAUUUGAGUUACAAAAUUAAAGAAUCUUUUUGAUUAGUA